CUUAUAAAAUCACAUUUAUUUUGAAUUUUUGAAUAAUACCUUAGUUGGUUUUGUUUUUUUUUAAGUAUUUCACAUGAAAAUUUAUUCACCAAGCGAAUACAAAGUUUUUGUUCAACAAUGGAAGUGGAAUUAGCAAAUGUAAAAAGUUUGGAGGGCUUGCAAGACUGCGCCAAGCUGCCUUUGGACGAGAUUGAUCCAAUUUCCCGGACAUCAAGAUGCGAUAGAACCCUGCAAGAGAUCUUCCACGUCGAUGAGGAGGUCAGCUUUUCAUAUGUUGAAGAGGAGGAGGAAAUGCAUCUAUCCGAGCUUACUGAAGAUCUAACAGACGAUGAAGAUCGGGUUGAAAAGGUGGUUACCGGUAUAGAUUGUUUGAUUCGAAAAAUUGAGCUAAUGCAGAUGGCGAUUAGGAAUCGUCAGGCGAAGGCAAGCAGCGACAAGGUCAGUGAAGAAACGAUAGAACCUCCCCAGGAACCCUUAAGCAAGGCUCAAAUAAAGUGUAAUGAAAAUAAGACUGAAAUAAAGCAAAGUUCUGUGGCCCAAGCACCCAAGAUACAAUCGCUGACCGAACAGGAAAUGCUGGAAGCCAGAAGCCUUCGUCAAGCCCAUAAUGUCCUCCAAAAACAAAUUGACGAAAUGGUCUGCAGAUACCGAAAGCUUCGGGAAAUCAUCGAUCUGCUACGUGGAAGUUUUGACUGUCUGGAAAGAAAUCUAAGACAUCAGAAUUCUAUGGCCGAAAAUCAGCUUGCCUGGGCCCACGAAGUGGCCAAGGAGAUGAAUGUCUGCAAGGAGCGGUAUACCCACCUAAUACACGCCAAAAUGUCCAAAAAGGAGGCCAUUAAAACUGAGAAGGUUCAUGCAUACCGAUUUGCCAGAUUGAAUACAGCCUAUCUCAAGAAAUGUCGCCUAAAAUGCGAAAUACUGGAGUUCUGUGGAGAGGUGAACGACCUUGUGGUCCUGAUGAGUGAACUGCACCAGGAACUAGAACGAAAUAUGAGUAUUUUCGAGGCACAACGCAUAAGUAAGCUGGAGCGUCCGAUUUCUUUUUUUAUGUCUAUUGACGAGGCUUCUAAACUGAAUAAUGAGUUCAUGGAAUCUGGAAUGAAGCUGAAAAGCGGCGAAAAUACCAAGAAAUAAAAUUUCAUUCUGUCGAAGAAUUCGUAUUGUAAUUUACGUAAUCGAAAAUAUACAUUUCUAAACCAAAGUAAAUCAGAGAAAUGACUUAGUCCUCUAAAUAGCAUGUGAAAAGCUAAUUAUUCGCGCAAAAUUAAUUAUGUAAAGCUUCUUUUCCUUCCCAGGAAA